AUGCGUAAAGUACACGAGCCAACUGUGGCGCAAAGAUCGCCCGUUGCGGAGACCCAUCGCUUCUCGCUCAAACGCGCUGCAACUUGCUGUCCAUUCUCGAAUUCACCACUUCGAGCUCAACUAAUUCUUCAAGAGCAAGCUCUCUGUUCCUCCCACCGGACCAAGUCUCCAUCUCCAGCAAUCAUGUUCAGCAACAACAAGAUCUUCGCACUUUGCAUCGCCGUCGUGGCUCUUUCGAGCCAUGUGCAGGCCGAGAAGCAAGUGGCCGAGACGUUUGGACUACUCGGUGUACCUGGUGUCGGUGUCGGUGUUCCCGGUGUCGCUAGCGUCGGAGUGGGUGGCCCCGGUUACGUUGGACCAGGUGUUGGUGUCGGCGUCCCGGGCGUUGCUAGCGUUGGUGUCGGUGUGGGUGUAAACGGCGUUGGUGUCGGUGUGCCUGGUGUCGGUGUAGGUGUAAACGGCGUUGGUGUUGGCGUGAAUGGUGUCGGCGUUGGGGUGGGUGUUCCGGGUGUCGCUAGCGUGGGUGUGGGUGCUUCCCCUGUAGUCGGAGUGAACGGUGUUCAUGUUGGUGCACCUGAGACCGUUGUCCACGACGGUGUCGACGUCGGUGCUGGGACUGGGACUGGAGUGAGCAGGACUGUGACUGUGACGAGUGACGACGGUGCCAACACGGCGAAGCCGUCUACCACCACGGGUGGUGCGUCGGCGAGCGCCACUGCCAGCGCUUCUGCGAACACGAACUCGAACGCAAUGACGAAUGCUGGCGCAAAGGCCGGAACCGGCGCAACAUCUCAGAAGUCCUACCGCAAGCUUCGGUCGGAGCAGUGA